AUGACGUCCCGACUCCCUGGCGGCAACGCACCACGUCUCUCGACUGCACCAAGUAGUAGCACCAAGCCUCGACAACUGUCCCACCUGCACGCACAACUCGCACAACUCUCGGCCAAUCUUGGAGAUCUUGAGAACCUUCUCCGAAAUACUAGUAUACAAGCUGAGUCAAUAAGAGGCUUGGGUGCUUUUCACGGAGGACUAUUCAUGGCGGCAAGCAAAGUUUUAGGAGAGGAAACGAUCGCGGGUAGCGCACAACAACAAAAUCAUGGACAGGCACAGGGAAAUCGGACAGCAGAGCGUAGGGAUGAUUCCGAUUCCGAUUCUUGA